CUCUUCCCCCCACCGAAACGUGAGUGACAACUCGAAGGUUCCGGUUAGCGAAAAUGGCUUGACUAUCGGAGACCACUUAACCUGUGUUAGGCAGAGUGGUGUAGUUGCUUUGAUUCUUUUCAAGUCUGAGUUUAAGGACUAACUCCUUCGCCCAGAUAUUCUGAUGCCCACUUUCCCAAAUAUAUACCUAUUUUUCCCAUUACAUCUUAAGAGACGAUUUUGCCUAAAUUAUAGAAUAAGCAAUAAUCAAAAGAUCACGAGGCCAAGCUGUCCACGUCAGUCACCCUCAGCAAACAGAUAGGAUGUGGUACCGCCCAGUUAUUCCUGGAAUCAAAGCAUUCCGUUCCCACCAGUUUGUAGAUCUCUAGAGACUCAAGAUUUAUUUUCCUGGCUCUGCCAAGCAAAUUGUCUGUAGGGAGAGAGCCGGGCUGGGAAAGGAGAGAGGAAGAGACUCUAAUAAGGUUCCUUAGAUCCCUCCGUAAUGUGCAAAGUCUUGCUCGUAUGUGGGGCUGUGUCCGUGGAGCCCUUGGUCCUAAGGUUCCUUUAAGUACUUUGUCUCUUACCUGAGUCCCUCCCAGAGCAGGUAACCAGUGGCCCCGCCCCCUGCCAGAAGCCGGGAUUGGGCCUUGUUACCGAAGAGAAGCACCCCUCCUUCCUCUCCCCUCCUUCUUCCCCUCCCCUUUUUCACAGCUGGCUACUGUUGACCCAGGGGGUCUUCAUUACAGAAGAGAGGCAGGGCUCCCAGGUCUGGGCAGAGUCCAGGCAGGGAGUUCUUGCCUCAUAACUCUGCUGAGGCAUUUGGGAAUCCACACAAUAUGAGGGGCCAUCCUUCCCUGCUCUUAGUCUAUAUGGGAUUGACCACCUGCCUGGACACCUUACCUUAUGAAGAGCAAAACCAAGUUCUUGACAUAUUCCUGAAUCCUCCGGAGGCCCAGAGUUUCCUAGUUGGCCGCAGGCGGGUUCCUCGGGCUAACCACUGGGACCUGGAGUUGCUGACCCCUGGGAACCUGGAGCGGGAGUGUCACGAGGAGAGGUGCUCCUGGGAGGAGGCCCGGGAAUACUUUGAGGAUAACACACUGACGGAACGCUACUGGGAACAUUACACCUACAAUGGCAAGGGAGGGCGUGGACGAGUAGAUGUUGCAGGCUUGGCGGUGGGACUCACCUCUGGGAUCCUGCUCAUCGUCUUGGCUGGCUUGGGAGCCUUUUGGUAUCUGCACUACCGACGGCAGCGCCGACUCAGAGUGCAGGAGUCCAGUCAGCAAGAGACCGGGCUCAUCAGUCCCCUGACUCCCCCGACGCCCUUGUUUCCACCCUUACCUCCAGGCCUUCCCACUUACGAGCAGGCGUUAGCAGCGUCGGGUGUGCAUGACGCCCCUCCGCCCCCUUACUCCAGGAUCCAGGAUUGGCUGAGGCACCAAGGGCGGGUCGGUGUGGUCUUGGUGGAGGGGGCUUGUUUGACUCCGCACUGUACACUCCCCACCCCCACCCCGGGUAGCCUCAGAAGGCCUCACUGAAGACCUGCUCCGGAACGCGGGCUCCCGAAUUGUGCCCCUGAUUCACAGCGGAUUCCGGAAGUCGCUGGGCCUCUUCGACUCCUCAUCAGUGUGUGCGUGGGGGAGUCAGGGUCGUCGGACCCGAGGUCUACACGACACACGUGUUUCCGCCACGCACGGAUACACGCAUGUCCCUGACCAUCCUGUUGCGGAGUCCGUGCCCCUGUCUCUCGCCCCCCCCCCCUUUCCUGAUCAGCAGCCCUGCCUCGGAGUGGGCAGGCUCCUUUAGAAACUUGGACAUGACUCGACUGUCGCCCCACUGGUGUCGUGGGGAGCGUACACACAGAGAACCAGGCCCAUGCACACCCCCGUCUUCGUGUGUUUCUCCACUCGGGCACCUGGGCAGUUCAUAAUCCAGCAUAAAGGUGGAGGGCGCGUUUGCUAUGUGCUGUAAAAGGGGUGUUAGGAUUGUAUUGCACUCGGGGAAAUGAAGUUGAGCUGAGCGUCUACCUAAAAACCCUUUGAAAAGGAAGAGACUUAAAAGAAAGAAACCCCCCAACUCAAAAUUGAAACAAUUAGCGAAAAAUAAAAAUGCAAACGAACUGAACCCCGUUCCUGGGCGCAUCUGCGCGCGGUGGAGCUGGAUUUCUGUACGGGCGCUGUGCCCUACACCCCCAGGCUCCGCUAGUGCUCGCUCUCUCUCGUUCCUCGCGCGCGCGCUCUCUCUC